GCCGGAGCGGGGGCGGACGCCGGCUUCUCGGCCCUUCCAGCCGGGAACAGCCGGCCUGGGUGGCCCGGGCUGGAGCCUGGCGAGCGGCUGCGUCCUGGCAGCCUGUCCUCAGCCCGACCUGACCUGGCGGCCGGAGGCGGGGCCGAAAGGAUCCCUGCUGGGCGGCCGCCACCCAGACUAGGGGCAGGGCCGGGCGCGGUUUUCAGCGGGUCGCAGGACACGUGAUUAAUACUUGGGGACCGCUGCAAACCCUCAUCCACCUUAUAGACUGUUCGGUGCACGUGGGAUUAGAGGCGCCCGGUGUCCGCCACCAUGGCCAUGAACCUUCUGGAGGACUGGUGCCGGGGGAUGGAAGUGGACAUCCACAGGUCCCUGUUGGUCACAGGCAUCCCAGAGGACUGUGGUCAAGCAGAGAUUGAGGAGACCUUGAAUGGGGUCCUCUCCCCACUGGGCCCAUACUUAGUGCUCAAUAAGAUUUUUCUGAGGGAGGAGAACGCCAAAGCUGCCCUAAUUGAGGUGGGAGAGGGUGUGAAUCUCAGGGCCAUCCCGCGGGAGUUCCCAGCAAGGGGGGGCGUCUGGAGAAUGGUCUGUAGGGAUCCCACUCAGGAUGCUGAGUUUUUAAAAAAUCUGAAUGAGUUCUUGGAUGGCGAGGGGCGCACGUGGGAGGAUGUGGUCCGCUUGCUCCAGCUCCGCCACCCCCCACAGCCCCAGAAUCAGCGCCCAGAGAACUGGGCAGAAGCUUUGGGGGUGCUCCUGGGGGCAGUAGUGCAAAUUGUCUUCCACAUGGAUGCGGAGAUGCGCAGCCGCGAGGAAGCAAGGGCUCAAGAGGUGGCUGAUGCCCAGGCAGUAGCAGCUGCAGCUGCAGCGCGGAGGAAGGUCAAGAAGGAGCCAGGGCAGGCUGCAGAAGUUGGGUCUGCUUUGAAGAUGGAGAAUCCCAACCACUGGAAUGACAUGGAAGAUGGAGGUGACCCUCCCAAACCUCUGGUUUGCAGAGCUGUAGCUAAAACUCGCUCCAGGAGAAAGAAGCAGAAAAAAAACCCUAAGCAGGAAUCAACACCCUGGAAAAAACCUAAAGGCCACCAUUCCAACAGCUCGGCCGCCUUGGAGUAUCCUGAGGCGGAUGGUGCUGAAAGUAUGGAGGUCUCAGAAUGUAUGAGGAGCAACAAAAAGCCCCAUGUGAAGCAGGAGGAGUCGGCUUUAAAGAAGCCUGCUGGAAAAUGUGCCUGGAAGGCUCCCAGCAACCCAUCCCAUGAUGCUACGUCAGAAGCUGUGAACCCUGGAGUUGCUUCGGAGUCAGACCAAGAUGGCGGUCAGGAGGGCUCACCAAAGAAGAAGUCCAUGGGCUGGGCCUUGGCAAAGAGCCCCACCCCCACGAGAAAGAAAAAGAAGGUGAGCUUGGGCCCUGUUUCUUACGUCCUGGUCCAUUCAGCAGAUGCCAAGAAGAAGCCAAUGAUGGCAAAGAAAGGUCCGGCCUCAAGAAGAGAUGCAUCCGUUCAAAAGGCCUUUCAGGGCCCACAGCCCGCGGAGUUGCCAGCCUCAACAUCACAGGGCCCAAAGGCCAAGCCAGAAGGCUCCCCUCAUGCCUCCGGUGGUGAGAACGACCACGGAAGUGAUCUGGGUUAUGAUGAUAAGUGGAUGAGUGGGGAAGAGCUGGAGCUCCAGGUGGGGGCAGAGGAGUUCAGAGGCCUAGCAGGUCAGGGGGUGCAUGAGGAGGACCCCAGUGCAGUGGAAGAGCCAGAUGACACACCAGUUGAGGCUUUAGAAGGCGAGAGCCCUGACCUCCCUCCUAGGAGCCCCUGAAGGGCAACACCGGAGACACCGGUGGGCAGGAGGUGGCCAAGCAAAGCUCCCACCUCUCCUUUGUUAGUGAGUGUCGCUCUGGUAGUCUCUGGGUCAUUCUGCUCAUCUGACCCUGCUCCUUUAGUAAGAAUCGAAUAGUUGGGAGUGAUAACGAUAGAUCGAUCGUCAAGGUAGAUGGCUUUGAGGUUGGAGUUUUCUGGAGGCCUGGUUGGGGGGUAGAAAUGUUCAAGCACUUGAAAGGCUCAAGGAAGUGAAAAAAAAUUCCACAUGACCCCCACUUCCCCUUUUGAGCUCUUCUAAUCUACAGAACCCAGAAAGCUUUGAUUCGGAGAACCACCCAUACCUGAUUAGUUGAAAGAUGUCCAAGGAAGAAAAAAAUAUCACAUUGGGAACCAAGUUUGUUUUUUAUUGAACCAACUGUUAACUCUUAAGGAUCCCAUUUGUAGAAAUGGGGCUCUCAGAGGGGAACUGUCCAUGAGCUCUUGGGUGGGAGAGAUUAAGGGAGGGAGGUACAUCUCUCUGCUCUUUUCUCUGCCAUGCUUGCUUUUGCACCUCCCCUUGACUCACCUUCAGAGGUUGGAGGAUCACGAAGCAGAUUGGGAAAAUUCUAGAACAUUUACCUUUACAUACACGGGCAGGAUCCCUGUUAAUGUCCAUCCGCGGUCUGCCUUUCUUCCUCAUUCCCUGCUUCCUGGGUGGUCAGCCAACCUCUGCACGCAGGGCCUGGCAUUUACUCCCACCUUCUCUGUGUUUCAGCCAUGGGUAAGUUAAGCUGAGAUCUUCAAAGCGAACCUGCCUGCCUUGCUCGCUCCUCCUGGUCUUCAAUUUCCAUCCUCCCGUUAACUAGCCAGAGGACGAGAAGGUUCCAAGAGUUAGUUUUGGGGGACAAGAAUGUCCACUUGGACCUUGACGUACUUGAGUUUUAGAUUCUGUUAAUAAAAGUGGCAUUUGGAUUCCAUUUAGGGUCAGACCAUCUCAGGAAGCCCGUGGGGAGAAGGGAUGAUCAGUAGGGAAGGACUCAGGCACUUCUGGCUUCCCAGCCCUGAUUCCAUCCAGCACCAUCAAACUUUCCAUCUUUGGGGCUAAAGGCACUUGUCACAUUGUAAUAGGAGAGGGAAAUUUUUCUUAAGAAAUUGGCUGUUAAUUUCUGUCAUUUGAA